AUGAGCGGUGAGAAGAAACGAUAUCGAUGGCGACGUCGUCCACUAUUAGUUGAAGAAAGUUUAACAAUUAAUUCAACAUCAACAACUAUAACAUCAAGAAAUCAAGAAGAAAAACAUACUGAAAAUAUUCAAUGUAAAUGGUAUAAUAAUAAUGAUGACGAUAUUCAACUAAAAACUUUAUCAUCUAAUGAAACAAUAUCAGAAAAAAUUGAUAGAAUUCUUAAAAAAAUAAAUGCUUGGACAAAUGAUACAUCAAUACCAACAAAAAAUAAUACAACGGACAAUACUACGCAACAAAAAAUGUCUCUUAAUAAAACAACAAAUUUAUCAUCAUCAUCAUCUAGUUAUGAUAAUACUCAACGAAAAACAAAUGAUAUAAAACCAAUUUCGACUUCAUUAUUUAAUUCAGUACGUCAACGUUGUUCAUCAUCAACAUAUGAAGAUCCACCAAUGAUUAAACUACAAAAAUUAUCAAAUCCUCGACCAUAUUCAAUGGCAUUUGUUCAUGAACCAUUAUUAAUAAAUUCAUCAUAUAAUACAAAUUCUAUUUAUGAAAAACCAAAUUCAACCGUACAAACAUAUCAUCGACAAAAUUCACUUGGUCCUCGUCGAUAUUCAUAUCAACGUCGAUCAAUAUGUUCACAAAAUACAAAUUUAACAUCUCUAUCAUCAACAUAUGGUUCGGAUUUCUUCUAUCCAUUUACAUCUGAUCAAGAACAACAUGACUAUGAUAAUUUACAUUUUAUACAAAAUUCUUCUCAUCAACAGUAUGAUCCAUUUCCAACUGUACUCGUUGACUGUCAACGUUGUAGUCGAAGUGUUGAUCGAUCAUUAUUACGUGAUAUAUCAUGUCAAGUACCAUCCGAUGAAGAAUCCUCUGAAGAUAUUCAAUUAGAAAAUCGUAAAACUACAAGAUCUUCUCCUUUAUAUAUAUCACCACGAUCAUCACCACCACUUUGUCAUCCACCAAUGGCCAAUAGUUUGUUAGCUCCCUAUCAUUUUCGACGAAAACAUUCUUUAUCAUCAUAUGUUGAUAUACACAGUCGCUCGAAAUCAGUUCCGUCGUCAUCAUCAACAACAUCAUCAACAUCAAGUCAAAAAAUACAUUUGACGCCAAGAUUUUCUCCUUUGCCAACAACAUCCGAUUCAAAUUCUAUGCCAUCGACUACGACACUUCUUCGUUCGAUUAAAACAUCAAUCAAUGCAAUGAAAAAACGUCUAAAAGAUAUUCGACGUUUGUCGGAGGAUUCAAACGUGACAACCGUCUUAGACGAUUACACGGCACGCAGUUCACAUGAACUAACUGUAAGUAAAGGUCAGCAUGUUCGUAUCGUUCAAAAACAACUAUCUAAUGCACCUGAUUGGUGUCUUAUACGUAUAUUAAACGAUCAUCAUCAACAACAAAAUCAAUCGAUACCAUCUUCACUUGCUGCAUCAUCAACAACUAUUACAAGUGGAUCAGCUGAUAUACCAUCAACACCACUUACAAAAUAUACCGAAGGACUUGUACCAACAGCUAUUCUUAAAUCAAGUAGAUCAUCAUCAACAAAUAUUCAAUUACCACCACCAUUACCUCAUCUAUUAACUGGUAGUAAAAGUGAACAAGAUGGUAUUGCGGACAAUAUAGACGAAUCUCAACAACGAAAUUUUUCAUUGACAUUUCAAUUUAGUAAACGAAAAUCUAGUUUGAGGCGAAUUCUUAGAAAUCCUGUUCGACGUCUUAGUUUAAAAGAUAAUAGUACUAGUAAAGAUGUUAAAACAGCAGAUUCACAAGAUUUAAUAGCAACUUCUACAACGACUAUAUCAACAAAUAGUGGUAAUGAUAUAUCCGUUAAUAAAAGACAACCAUUAUCUUCUAACUCUUCAGGAUCAAGAAAGGUCAAGAAUUCUAUCAAUAAAUCAAUUGGCAAUGGUGAUGUAAAUGAUAUUUAUAAAAUGACUGAAUCAUCUUCUUCACCAUCAAAUGUUAUGACAAUUAUUUCCCCAAGGAAUAAUUUAGAAAACGAUAUAAUCGAAAUACCAUCAUCAUUCGAUAUGCAAUCCCAGCAUACAUCAUCAACCGAUACAAAUAUCGAUUUUUCACCAGCUGUAAUUGUUAGAAAAUUGGUCAAUACACUUGCACUGGAGUCAUCCAGAGGCAAUAGGGGUGACCUUUCAUCACGUUUACGCAAAACGCGUGUACCUCCAUUAACAUCGAUUAGUCCUCUUGAAGAUAAUUCUGUUAUUGCUCGACUUGUUCAGCAUGUUGCACCGAUUAAUAUUGUUUCUGGACUUUCAGCAAGUGAUUUUCAAAUCCCAGCUGCUUUGUCAGUAACAACACCAGCUACUGAUGAUACUUCAUUGGAUAGUUUACCAUCAUCAACAAUAACUGUGAUUCCAAAUGAUAGUCAAAGUGAACAAACAGAUGAAAUAUCUUUAAAUGAUACUGAUCAAACAACAUUAUCAUCUUUAACAACAACUGAUGAACCUGUUGAUGCUCGAACUAAAUAUGGUGCAAAAAGAAGACAUAAUAUUAUUGAAUUAAUUGAAACAGAAAAAGAAUAUGUAAAAGAUUUAGCAUUAAUUGUUGAGGGUUAUAUGAAUGUUAUUGAAAAUGAUAAAGAUCUUAAAAAACCAACGGGUCUUGGAGGCCGUGAACGUGUUGUUUUUGGUAAUGUACAAAGAAUAUAUGAAUUUCAUCGAGAUACUUUUUUACCACAACUUGAACAAUGCAUCGAAAAUCCCAAUACACUUGGUCGAUUAUUUACUACAAAUCGAUUUAGUCCUUAUGUAAGAUAUUGUGAAAAUAAGCCACGAUCGGAAUAUAUUGUUUCUGAAUAUCAUGAUUAUUUUGAAGAUAUUCGUAAAAAACUUGGACAAAAAUUACUUGUAUCUGAUUUAUUAAUAAAACCUGUUCAACGAAUAAUGCGUUAUCAAUUAUUAUUAAAAGAAAUUCUUAAAUCAACUGAACGUAUGGGUGAUGAAUCACGUGCUAUACGUAGUGCUUUACAAGUGAUGAUUGAAGUACCACAACAAGCUAAUGAUAUGAUGAAUGUUGGUAGAAUAAAAGAUUUACCAACAAAUGUACAUCAAUUAGGUGAACUUAAAUUACAAGAUAUGUUAUCUGUUAGUGAUCCAAUAUCAUCAAAAGAAUCAAAAGAUAUUGAAAAAAAAUUUAAAGAACGACGAGUAUUUUUAUUUCAACAAUCAAUGAUAUUUUGUGAUGAAAUACCAGCUAAAGAUAAAUAUUCAAGUCCAAAUUAUAUUUAUAAAUAUGAACUUAAAAUUAAUAAAUUACAACAUAAAGAAUUUAAACGUAAUAAAGAAUUAUUUCAAUUUACAUUAGUUGAACUUGAUGCCGGAAAUACACGUCGUGUUAUUUGUCAAUGUAAAGAUGAUGAACAAUAUGAAUUAUGGGUCACUAAUGUAAACAAGGUGCUUCAACGUCAGAUGGAUCUUAUCAUAGCUCUAACUAAUCCAACAGCUGCUCUACAAAAAGAUCCUCGUUCUAAAUAA